GUUCCGUGAGGGCCGUCGAUCACGUUUUUCCCUCACGGCAGGCGGGAGGGAGCGGGAGGACAGCCCGCGUCCAUCCCGCGGGACAGGCGGGAAAGAGCGGAACCGCGUCCCUGACGGCGGAGGCGGUUGAGGAGAGGGGCCCGGCCACCCGCGGCUGCCUCCCGGGGCUGCGCGGGGAAGAGCCGGCUCUGGAGGGCUGGGCAGGGAGGCCGGUGUCUCCCUAACGGGACUCCCCCAUUCCCUGCCCUCAGUACGGCUGAGCCGGGCUACGGCCGCUCGGGGACGGGGCUAGCGGGAGGCAACAGCUCCCCUCAGCCCGCGGCGCUCCCGGGGGGGCGGGAGGGGGAGCGCCGUCCGGGGCCGCGCCGAGGGGGGAGGAGGCGAUCCCGCGCUCGCUCCCGGCCGCCGCCGCUGCCCGCCGCCGAGCGGAGCGGCCCCGCCAGCCCCUCAGUUUCACAUCCUUGAAUGUCCCUCUGUUUCUUGAAGAUGAAGAAAAUGAUUGCAUGCAUCUUUCUGCUGUUUGGACAUAUUCUGCUUUCCACUGUCUCUGUCAUGGCAAAAGAUCUCCCUGGAGGACGUUUCAUCCGAAGAAGGGAUGUUAACUCACAAUCUCUACUAGAAAAUACUUGCAACAACAAAAGGUUGGACCUUGUUUUCAUCAUUGACAGCUCUCGCAGCGUACGUCCUUAUGACUUUGAAAAAGUGAAGGAGUUCAUUUUAACCAUCUUGCAGUUUCUGGACAUCAGUCCUGAUGUCACCCGAGUAGGUCUGAUUCAGUAUGGCAGCACAGUCAAACAUGAGUUCUCGCUGAAGACAUUCAGGAGGAAGCAGGAUAUUGAAAGAGCAGUGAAGAGGAUGAUGCACCUGGCAACUGGCACCAUGACUGGACUGGCUAUUCAGUAUGCAGUGAACAUUGCAUUUUCAGAGUCAGAAGGAGCUCGACCUCUGAAGCAGAAUGUGCCCCGAAUUAUCAUGAUAGUGACGGAUGGGAGACCUCAGGAUCCGGUGGCAGAGAUUGCUGCUAAAGCUCGUAACUCGGGUAUCCUGAUUUUUGCCAUUGGAGUGGGAAGAGUAGAUAUGAACACACUGAGGUCCAUUGGGAGUGAACCGCAUGAAGAGCAUGUGUUUCUGGUUGCUAACUUCAGUCAGAUUGAAACACUGACCUCUGCCUUCCAGACUAAACUUUGUGUGCCCCAUAUGUGCAGUACAGUUGAGCAUCGCUGUGAUCACUUCUGCAUAAACACCCCUGGCUCCUACGUAUGCAGAUGUAAACAAGGAUACAUUCUGAAUGCCGACCAGAAGACUUGCAGCACUCAAGACCUUUGUGCUGUGGAGAAACAUGCCUGUGAGCAGAUUUGUGUGAACACACCUGGGUCUUACGUCUGUCAGUGUUACGAAGGGUAUGAGCUUGAUGCAAACGGAAAGAAUUGUGUCGUUGUUGACUACUGUGCUUUGGAUAAUCAAGGUUGCCAACACGAAUGUGUUAACACUGAGGACUCCUAUUACUGUAGAUGCCACCCAGGGUUCAUUUUAAAUCCAGACAAAAGAACUUGCCGAAGACCAGACUAUUGUGCUCUUCAGGACCAUGGUUGUGAACAGGAAUGUGUUAAUACAGAUGAUUCGUAUUUUUGUCGAUGCCAAGAAGGGUUUAGACUUAAUCCGGAUAAGAAAACCUGCAAAAGGGUGGAUCACUGUGCUGAAAGCAAUCAUGGCUGCGAGCAACUGUGCCUAAAUACUGUUGACUCCUACGUCUGUCAGUGCUCUGAAGGAUUUGUCAUCAAUGAGGACCUAAAAACCUGCACACGAGUUGACUAUUGUGCUCUGAGUGACCAUGGCUGUGAACAUUUGUGUGUAAAUGGUGACAGAUCUUAUACUUGUCACUGUUUUGAAGGAUACAGGCUUCGUAGUGAUGGGAAAACAUGUAAACGUAAAAAUGUCUGCAAAUCAGUCAAUCAUGGCUGUGAGCAUAUUUGUGCUAGUGCUGACAAUUCCUAUGUCUGCAAGUGUCGUGAGGGAUUCGUAUUGAGAGAAGACGGCAAGACGUGCAGAAGACGGGACAUUUGCAAAUCAGUGAACCAUGGCUGUGAGCAUAUUUGUGUUGACGAAGAUGACUCAUAUGUUUGCAAGUGUCAUGAGGGUUUCCUGCUGAGAGAAGAUGGGAAAACAUGCAGAAAUAAAGACAUUUGCAGUUCAGUUGACCAUGGCUGUGAACAUGUUUGUGUUAAUGCUGAUGAGUCAUACAUCUGCCAGUGUUACGAGGGAUUUGCACUAAGGGAAGAUGGAAAAACAUGUAGAAAUAAAGAUGUUUGCAAUUCUGUUGACCAUGGCUGUGAGCAUGUUUGUGUGAAUACUGAUAGUUCAUACAUUUGCCAGUGCUAUGAGGGUUUUGUAUUGAGGGAAGAUGAGAAAACGUGUAAAAAUAAGGACAUCUGCAAAUCAGUCAAUCAUGGCUGUGAACAUCUUUGUGUUAAUAAUGACGAUUCAUACACUUGCCAGUGCCGUGAUGGAUUUGCACUGAGGCAAGAUGGGAAAACAUGCCGAAGCAAGGAUAUUUGCAAAUCAGUCAACCAUGGCUGUGAACAUGCUUGUGUUAACGCUGGUGAUUCAUUUGUUUGUAAGUGUCAGGAGGGAUUCCUGCUAAGAGAAGAUGGAAAAACAUGCAAAAAUAAAGAUCUUUGCAAAUCAGUCAACCAUGGCUGUGAACAUGUUUGUGUUAAUACUGAUGAUUCAUAUAUCUGCAAAUGCCAUGAUGGGUUCCUACUGAGAGAAGAUGGGAAAACCUGCAGAAACAAGGAUGUCUGCAAAUCAGUCAACCAUGGCUGUGAACAACUUUGUGUGAAUACUGAAGAUUCCUACAUCUGCAAGUGUCGUGAAGAAUUCACACUGAAGGAGGAUGGAAAGACAUGUAGAUAUAAAGAUGUUUGCAACUCAGUUGACCAUGGCUGUGAACACAUUUGUGUUAAUACUGAUGAUUCGUAUAUCUGCAAGUGUCAUGAGGACUUCAUGCUGAGGGAAGAUGGGAAAAGUUGUAGGAGUAAAAAUAUCUGCAAAACAGUCAACCAUGGUUGUGAACAUGUCUGUGUUCCAACUGGCGAUUCAUACACGUGUCAGUGUCACAAGGGAUUUAUAUUGAGGCGGGACAGGAAAACAUGCAGGAAUAAAGACCUGUGUAAAUCCAUUGACCAUGGCUGUGAACAUGUGUGCAUUAAUAAUAACAAUUCAUACAGCUGUCAGUGCCAUGAGGGUUUUGUCCUGCGACAAGAUGGGAAAACAUGUCGAAAUAAAGAUCCCUGCAAAUCAGUUGCCCAUGGCUGUGAACAUAUUUGUGUUAAUAAUGAUGAUUCGUACAUCUGCAAAUGCCAGGAAGGAUAUGUACUAAAAGAAGAUCAGAAAACAUGCAAAAGAUGCACUGAAGGCCCACUUGACCUGGUGUUUGUGAUUGAUGGAUCAAAAAGUCUCGGAGAGGAUAAUUUUGAAAUUGUAAAACAAUUCGUCUCGGGAAUCUUGGAUUCACUUGAGAUUUCACCCAAAGCUGCUCGAGUAGGUUUGCUUCAGUAUUCCACUGAAGUUCGCACAGAGUUUACGUUAAAGCAGUUCAGCUCAGCCAAAGACAUGAAGAAAGCUGUAUCGCAAAUGAAAUACAUGGGGAGAGGUUCCAUGACAGGACUGGCUCUGAAGCAAAUGUUUGAGAGAAGCUUCACAGAAACAGAAGGAGCAAGACCGUUUUCAGCAAAUGUCCCUCGAAUCUCCAUUGUGUUUACGGAUGGACGAGCCCAAGAUGAAGUCUCCGAGUGGGCUGCUAGAGCAAAGCGAAAUGGUAUAAUUAUCUAUGCCAUUGGAAUAGGAAAAGCAAUUGAGGAAGAACUGCUAGAAAUUGCUUCUGAGCCACCAUAUAAACAUCUCUUCUAUGCUGAGGAUUUCACAGCUAUGGAGGACAUAAGUGAAGAGCUAAGAGCUCAAAUCUGUGAAGGCAAUGCCUCACACCUGUGAACUGAGGACUGACCCAGCCUUGUUUUUCUGGACACUCCAGGACUACCUAUUGCUCAUCAACUAAGUCCACCAGAAAUUUUGCCUCCAAGCCUGUUAGAUAAGCUGAUAGUUGUUUUUUGUUGGGUUGUGUUUUUUGGCUUUUUUUAGCUAUUUUGGUUUACAGCCUAAAUUUUUUUCCUCCUUUGCAAGCACAGUAAUUUCAUUUUGAGUCCAGCCUUGGUCCUUAGCUGAGGACUCCUGAGGCUCCAGCCUGUGAGGACAGUGGGAGAACCUCUGAACCUCAUGGACUCAACUGACAAAGCCUCUCAUCCCCAGUCCCAGCUGCGGAUGGGCUGCAUGUUUCCAAGUAAAGCAGAAGCCCUCCAAAUCCCUUUUGUGGUAAGGCUUUUUCUUUUUAUUCUGCAAGAAAGCAUCAGCCUUGUAGAAUAGCUGCUGAUUACUAUUAAUUAUUCUUGAUGACUAGUAGUAAAAGAAAAAAAAAGGGGGUUUCUCUUUUGCCUCUUAUUAAGAGGAAUUCAGUCGGAAGGCUCCCAUUCAUUGCCUUGGUUAAUGUUCAUUUCUCAUCUGACUGGAAGCACUAACGAGGCUGCAGCAAUGUCAUACAUAAUACGCACUCAUCGCGAUUGCCUCUUCACCCCUGUUCUGAGCAUGUGCAUUAUGGGAGCCUUUAAUUACAUGGUUACAUACUAUUUUUGUCACAAGACCCCAGCCCUGAUCAGAUGACAGUACUCAGCAGCAUGCUGGUUAACAUUCUGUUCUUCAAAAUUGCAGAUCGCUAUCACUGCUGCAAAUAGCCACUACUUUUGAAGGCACCCUCUUUUGACGAUGCUUUCUCACAGGCUUUUCCUAAGAAAGUACUUAGGUUUUGUUACAAAACAGAACACUAAAAACAAACAGCCAACUUUAGCAUUGUUCCCCAACAAAUUUGAAUAUUUAUGUUCACUGCACUGACUUCAUCAAGGGGCUCA